AUGAUCCAAUACCCAGGCUUUACAAGUUUUGCAAUUCGGGAUAGGACAAACAGAUGCAACGAGCGAUUCGAAGAAUGCUUUACACAUCCGAAACUGAGUGCACAGCAAUGGCUCGUCACUGGGAGAGCCGAUUUUAACGGCUGGUCUCUUGGCCUCAAUGCUUCUCAUUCUGGUCGAUCAUCGCUGGACCACAAGGUUUGUCAAAGACCAGAUUUGAUCAAGCUCAUAACCCUUCUUCUUGAUGGCUUGGACGGAUUUCUCAAGGAAUGUUUACAUCAAGAUGAGCCGCAGGGAACUCCCAGCCCUGAGGAGGAUGAAGAAAAUCCUCUUUAUUACACUAUUCUCGAUAUCAAAUCAAUCCUCAAACAACUCACCAUUCUACACGCUGCGAUCCGCGCAUCAGGCACACAGCUCCGUCAUCACAAAGCUGAUAUCAGUCUGAAAUCCGUUUUGGAAGACAAUUCAAACGGGCUUCAAGAAUUCGGAAAAGACAUGACUGAAGCGAUCUUGGCUGGACUUGAAAGCUGGAAUCGAGGAGACGGGUUACCUAAGCCUUGGGGAAGUGCAAACAACAAUUUAAUUGAACGAUUCGUCAACGCGAACGUCAAAAGAAGAAAUCGAAUAAAUUUUGCGACAGAGGAAAUUAGAAAAAAAAUCCCACUACAGUUGAAGAAGAACCAGGAACCGGUCGUGGCCGUUGAUUUGGAAAAGGCAGUUACGAAAAUCGCGAUUGUGUCGAGAUUAAACGCUGGAGAAGAGACAGAAGAACCCGAACGAAAGCAGGGAGGGAUGUCAAAAACAGGAGAAUCUGCAAAAGAUCCUUUACUGCGGCGAGAAAGGUUGUGUGAAGGAUCUCAGAUCCCUACUGCCGCUACUGCAAUUCCAUUAGAUGUGGUUAUCGAUCAAGCGCCCUCCAGUGUCGCUGGGACCAACGGUACCGAAGCUACGGGCAGCGUCUUGGGACAGAGUUACAUGUACCCAUUACCCCCUAAGUGGCCAAAAGAAUCUACAGUUCCGAUCGAGUGCCCAUAUUGCUCGGAGCUAUUGACCAAGGAAUAUAUGAAACAAGCGGCAUGGAAUGGUCACGUUUCUGGCGAUAUUCUCCCAUAUAUGUGCUUUAUCGAAGAUUGCAAAACCCCGGACGACCUAUACCGAACUUCCGAGGAACUCACCGAGCACGUUAUCUCCGUGCAUGGCGUGCCUUGUUGGAUAUGUGAUGAGUGCACGCCCGAUACAGAACAGAACCAGUUCGAGAUUUUCGAAACAGCUGAGCUGUGGAGAGACCAUUGCAGCCAUGAACAUUCUGAAACCAUUCCCGACUCCAUUUUCUCUAAGUUUGCGGAAUCCAAAAUGCGCAAGAUGGUCCCACCUAUCAAGUGCCCACUCUGCGACUAUGCCACUUCAGAGAUCAAGGCAAAUAUCGACCCAGAGAUUCUUCGCCAUAUCCACCAGUUUUCUCUCAGAUCAUUGCCGUGGGAAGCACGGGCCGAAGGGAAUCUCUCAGAAGAGCAUCUAGAGGAUUGGAGUUCCUCUGCAAGCAAUGCGACGACAUGCUUUGAAGGUCUCCCAACUCCAGUUCACCAAGCCAUGCAACUCACGGACCAUGAGCAAAUGCAACUCUUCAUUUUGGAAACAUUUGAACAAUUACAUGAAGCUCAUGACAGCCUUGCCAAAGCCAUAGCAAUGAAAAGUGAAUAUUUACCCUUAGGGAACCAAGCCGCCUCCUUGCACAAAUUGGUACAAAAUGAUCGUUUACCCUUGGGCAACCUCGAUUUACUUCUCAACAAAACUGCUUGCGAAUUGAUGUUGCCCGUUUCAGUUCAUUUACGUUGCACUUUUGAGGAAUUUCUUGCUUUUAAUCGCUAUAUAAAAGAGUGGCAAGACGGUCAAAGCCAUGGAUCUUAUUUAGAAGUCGACCUUGGCGGAAACCUCCUAUAUAUGAUCAAUCAAAUGACUGUAAUUUCGAAUAUGGUCUUUGAGGGCAUUAGAGAGACAACUACUCUCAUCAAGACAAGAUGUGGAACAGACGCUUAUAUACACCAAUGGCUCGACCUACUUGAUCAAAAUUUUAUUCCUGGGGACCCAGAUUACGAUCCGCGAAAGAAGGGUAAAAAGCUAACACCCCUGUUGCAAGAACCAACGUGUUAUCUUCAGUAG